GUCGAAUGUGGCCCCCGACCUCAAAUGAGUUUGACGCUAAAAUGGUCCAAAACGUUUCGACAUCAUUGACGUAAUGAAUCUACGUAAAUAGCGCACGGCGUUUACGUAACAUGCAGCGAAAUUUGUGGAACACAAUAAAGCUGUUUUCUGGGGGGGACUCGACUUGUAACCUUUCACGAGCCGCAAACGUCUUAAGUUCGCGGUACGUCCUUCGACUUUACUGGUUUGAGAACGUCGAACGCGAGCAGCUCGCUUGCCGGGUCUACUCGCCGGCCGGCUGAACAGGCUAAGCAAGCUAACCAAGCUAACCAACCGACAUGGCUCCAUAGAGCCAGGGAGCUAGCUUGGGGAUACCAACUGCAGACAGUCGGUUGCUUGGUUCUCACGAAAAGUUCGCCGUUGAGGCCGUUCAUAGUGUUCCCCUCUGCAAAACGCUUAUGGACGAACGGAAUUUUUCAAAAUGGGAAAAAUCCCCAAGAAGACGUCGAACGCAGCAUCAGACUUCAACCACUAACACUCACUGCAGAGCUCCGUGCCUAACGUCAAGAUCUGAAAUCUGUGCGCGGGUGGAGUCAUGGCCACCUCCAACGCCAGAGGCCCAAUGGUAAACUGUAUUUUAAAGACGUUGUCAGGAUGCUGAUGGGACUGGAGGGACCGCUCAGUGAAACGUCGACCACUCCCACAGCAGCAGGGGGGAGUAACAGCCAAUCACAGGGGUCAACGGAAACUGCAUCGCCCAUGUUACACAGAUGGCGCCCAAAGCGCGCCUCAGACCAUUAUCUACAGCCUGUUUCAGAGUGUCUUCUUCCACAGAAGUGUGAAUAUAUAGGCAAAAGUGUUUCUUCACCUGAUAAACGUGUUUUUGUGGUGGCGUAUGACUUGCUGAAUGAGCUGAGAGGACACCUGCAUGAUGGGAGUUUAAGUUCCUCUUUGCAGGCAUAUAAAACACUACAAAAAGCUGAUAUUAUGCAGGAGUCUACUUCUACUACAAAGGAAGCGUCUUCGUCACUAGAGACAAUAGCUCACGCUGAUCGCAUGCUCAACAGGAAGUCCAACAGGAGCAAGUCAAAUGAGGAGCCGGGAGAGGAAGAGAGAGAGAUAUGGAUGGCCUUUUGCCGGAAGAAGAAAACCAGCAGGGUGGCUGGCCUUUAUCCCCGGAGCAGGAAACCAACUCGAUCGGAGCCCAUUGUUUUAUCCAGCGAAGACGAGCCGGAUGACCGUGACGAGGGCGGCCCGAUGGACCAGACCCCUCUUUGCAAUCAAAUACGUCAUCAGACACGAGGAGACCUGCAGCUGCCGUUGUUUCUGGAGCUGGACUUUUUGUCGCUUUACUUUGGCUUGAUGCAGUCUGACGCCAGCGGGAAAAUGAAGAUUACAUCUAGCGGAAUUGUUCUCCCACUUAAAGCAGGAGUGGAAGAAAGCGAAGUGACUGUGGUUGCGUCACAACUGCUAGGCUACGGUUUAUGGGAUGGCGGCGUAGCUCUGGAUGGGACUCUGCUAGAUGAUCUGGUAGGACCCGCGCCAUCACUCCUCUUCCUGUGGGUGACGGAUGCUCAGGCCAAUGUGCUGCACAGGGAGAUUGGCCUCAUCCAGAGUACCAGUACCACAGGCCCACCAUGCUCCAUCCUUCUACUGGUGAUGACAGAGCAGCUUCAAGAGUCCCAGGCUGCUCUGUUAGUAUCUAUGUUGGAGAUGACGGAGUUCAAGGAAGGCCGCUCCCCUACAGGAGGGGGCCUGAGCUCCCCUCUGGACUGGACUGAUGGGCUGCUGCUCAUCCACAGUUGCCCCGCUCCACUGGACGAACACCUCCUUCGUCUGCUGGGCCAGUUGCCAGAGAUGUCCAAUCCGCUGAGACGAAGCUGCAGAAAACGGGCAUCUGCUUUGGAGGUGGCCAGCAGGUUGAUUCAGUAUCCGGCGGCACCCUCCAAAGGCCGGAUCACAGUGACAAAGGAGGACUUAGCCUGUCUGGACAGUGGCCAGUUCCUUAAUGAUGUUAUCAUAGACUUCUACCUCAAAUUCCUCCUCCUGGAGGGUGGUGGCCGUGCCGUGGCUGAGCGAAGUCACAUCUUCAGUAGUUUCUUCUUUAAGCACCUCAGCAGUCGGCAAACCUCCAGUGAGGGUGCUGUUGUCGUCCACGAUCAGUACAUGAGGCACCAGAGGGUAAAGACAUGGACUCGCCAUGUUGACAUUUUCACAAAAGACUUCCUGUUUGUGCCCAUCAAUAAGGAAGCUCACUGGUUCCUGGCGGUGGUUUGUUUCCCCGGUCAGGAUGGCACUCAUUAUGAACAGCGUACAAGUGCGACCAAGCUCCUCAGUAUGGGAUCAAAGCAGCUACCGGUAAAUAUAACAGACAACAGAGACGAGCCAUGUACAGAGCAAGGUUGCACAAGGACACUCACACUAACUCGGCCAUGCAUCCUGGUAAUGGACUCUCUGAAAGUACAGCAGCAUGAAAAUGUUUGCAAGCUACUGCGAGACUACCUGCAGGUGGAGUGGAAGGAACGUAGAGGGCUACAUCGCGUCUUCACUUCAGACAGCAUGCACAGCUACACCUGCAGUGUCCCACAGCAGGACAACAGCAGCGACUGCGGUUUGUACCUGCUGCAGUAUGUGGAGAGCUUCUUUCAGAACCCUGUGGUGCACUUUGACCAACCUCUACAUUUGGACCGUUGGUUUCCACGACAACGGGUCCGGCAGAAACGUCAAGAGAUUCGAGACUUGAUUAAGAGGCUUCACAGGAGUCAGUCACAGGCUGAAAUUAUUUGAUGAUUGUACAGUAUUUUUCUUUAAAUAUGUAUUUAUUAAUUUCCUUCAGCUAGACAAUAAAACAUGAUC